GUGGUCGUUCGAGGAUGUCGUCUCACAAUUCCAGAUCACUAGCCAACCUGUCAGCAAACCCUGAUGAAGACUUCUACGAGCAACGAUCCAGAUCCAGCUCGCUAAGUAAAAGUCGAAUGGUUGUUGAACGUACCGAAGUGAAACAAGGCAAGGCUGGAGGCUUCAUGCAAGUCGAGGUUCAUGAGAUAUCUAUGGCAAUGGAGACAAUGUUGGAUAAUUCGGAAGAGCCACCUUAUCGUAUGCCAAUAACAGUGAACUACGGGCCGACUGUCUAUGCAGAAUAUGUGGAAGACGCAGAAGAAUGGGCUCUGAACGGCAAUCGACGGGCUCGAUCGCAUACAAACGAAAGUACGGGGGGUGUCACUGAAAUUGAGAGGAAACGUACAAGGUUUGCCCUU